AUGCCCAAGGCAUACCCGUGGAAGCAAUUCCAGCAAUGGAGUAAGAUAUACGGCGAUAUCUUCUCCUUGCAAAUCGGACAGAUGACAAUCAUUGUUCUCGGAACUCACCAGGUUGCAAAAGACCUCCUGAGCAAGCGGGCCGUCAUCUACAAUUCCCGUCCUCGACUAGUGAUGGCCGCAGAAUGCGUAAAGAAAAAUUUCGGAGCUGCUCUUCUACCUUAUAGCGAAACAUGGAGACAGCGCCAUAAGAUACAGAUGACGUUUCUCAACACGCGCAAGUGUUGCCUAUACAAGCCCCUGCAGCAUCUCGAAAGCUGCCAUUUACUCUUCAACCUGCUGUCUACCAACGAUUUCGAGACAGAACUACAUCGUUACUCCACCAGCCUCAUACUCACGCUGCUAUACGGUCGGCGCAUCGUGACCGGGCAAGAGCCAGAACUUGAGCAGAUCGAACAGCUCCUCUCGGAAAUAUUACAAAGUGCCUCGUUCGGAAAUUGGCUCGUCGAUGUAUUUCCUCUGUUUAAUGUUCUUCCUCGCAUGCUAGCCAAGUGGAAAAGAAUAGGGGACGACUUGCACCAACGGCAGUCUGAAUUAUACGAAGGUAGUCUCGAAGGCGCCGUGAAAGCCGCUCCGUGGAACUGGAGCAAGCAGAGCUACCUGAUAGAUAAACCUCCCGUAUCCAGCAAAGAGCUCGCGUUCGUGCUUGGAGAUAUUUAUGAGGCAGGGAGUCAUACCACGACGGUCUCUCUAAUAGUCGCAAUCCUGGCAUGCGUUUCUCACCCCGAAGCCAUGCGCCGUGUUCAAAAGGAACUUGACGAAAGGGUUGGUACUACAUGCCUACCAAGCCUUGAUGAUGCACCCAGUCUCCCAUACACACGGUCCUUUGUGGAAGAAGUUCUCCGGUGGCGAACCCUUGCCCCUCAAGGUGUCCCCCACUCCCCACUCAGGGACGACGUCUACAAUGGAUAUCUUAUACCCAAGGGGGCCACUGUUAUCUCAAAUCAAUGGUCUUUUAACAUGGACGAAAAGGUUUUUUCGUCUCCAGACGACUUCCAACCUGAGAGGUGGAUGGACCAUGCCGACCUCCCUCUAGCAGCGUUCGGCUUUGGCAAGAGGACUUGCCCCGGACAGCAUCUCGCUCGAAGCUCGCUCAUGCUGGUCAUUUCUCGCCUACUUUGGGCGUUUGACAUCACCUGGAAACAAGGGCAAGGAAAACAGCCUGCACAAAUUGAUAUAAGACAAGAAGGAAUCGCUGUCAGACCUUGUUCUUUUGGGGCCGAGUUUAAGGUUCGGAGCUCCGUUCAUGAGAAGCUUAUACGGGCUGAAUGGAAAAUUUCUAUGGCUGAAAACCUAUCGGAUCUUUUGAAUGGGAUCGGCCAGCGGUUCGCAGAAACUUGA